AUGCGUAGUUUGAAGCUUGCCGCUCGCGAUGGCUGCCCCAUGUCAGAUCCAAGAGGAGAUUUGCAUAUGAUUCAUAUGCCUUUAGUUGCCUGGAUAGCUGACUACCCUGAGCAACUGCUCAUUGCAUGUACAGCCUCGAAGUGUUCACUCAUUUCUCUUUCUAUUGCUGCCCAAUUCGGGGAUCCUCUUCCGCAUCCUCCUCGAACUCAUUCUGACACUCUCAAUGCUAUCAAAAGAGCAUGUACUAUUUCUGACCCCUGUGACAUUGCAUCCUUUUAUAAGACUUGCCAAAUCCUUCAUCUGAAUGGUGUCGUCGAGCUGUACUGGAAGGAUUGGGGUAAUGCAUGCCCAUCCUUCUUUCUGACACCAGAUGGCCUCCAUCAGUGGUACAAAUUUGAGCCCAUUCAGUAA